AUGAGCAUUCCAGUCCAGUCAUCUCCUCCUGACGCCAGGACAAGCUACAUUAUUGACCAGCUCGAGGGCGAGCGCAUCACCAUCCCCGGCAGCAAGGGCGUUUUCAGAAUCCUUGCCUCCUCAAAACAGACAAAUGGCGGUAUCGCCGUGUUUUCUAGCGGUGCCGUCUUGUCUGACGCCCCUGGUUUCCAUUACCAUGCGGAAGCACACGAUGUGUUCCUGGUGACCAAGGGUCAUUUGAAGCUGUGGAAUGGCGACAAGUGCAGGAUCAUGGGUCCUGGAGAUUUCGCCUAUGUUCCUCCUAAUGUCAUUCACAACCCUGAGCUCCUUGGCCCUCAUACUGAGACACUAGGCCUGGUCGCUCCCGGUGACUGGAUUGAUUUCUUCCGCUACGUCGGAGAGACUUACAAGGGCAUCAUCGUCCCUGAGAACGACGACCGUGAUCUCCGCAGCCUAUUGAUCCCCAAGGUCAUGGCCGCCAAGGACCGGUUUGAUGUCCACUUCCAGCGCGACUACAAGGCUCCCGAAGUCGGCGACUGGGAGGAGUCUGAGAACGUUCUGCCAGCACCUUUGGAGCCUUACUACCUUCGUGCCAAUACCGGCCCGAGGUAUAUUCUUGGUGGCGUGCUGUCGAGGCCCUUCAUCAACGCUUCGCAGUGCAGCGGCAAGUUUUCCAUUACAAGUCUCGAGUCUUCAAAAUUGUACGAGAACUCGCCUCUUGACAGGUGGUUGACGUUCCCCACGGUAGACCACUGCUUCUGCGUCCAGGAGGGUGUCUUGAAGGUCAAGUUGAAGGAGUCCAACACAUGGACGGAGGUUCGUGAGGGCCAGACGCUUCUCGUUGCUGCGGGACAGGCCUUUACGCUGGGUUUUGCCACCCGCUAUGUUAGGGCUAUCACGUUUACGAACGGUCCUGGUAUCGAGAACCUGAUCGAAAACGCCGGUGAGGCGCUAUCAGGCUUUGUGUUACCGGAGGAGAGCGUUGCAUGGAAGGAGGAGCGCGUACAAGAGGCUGCCAAGGCAUUGGGUGUUGUUACUGAAGCGUUGUGA